AAUAAUAAUUUAAUAUUGAAUAAUAAAAUUAUUAGUUCCCUUCUUGAAUUAUCGAGUGAGAGGACAGAUGUUGAAUUCGUCGGCCGCGCGUAAGCUCUCUCUAAUCGCGCCCAAGCCUCAACGCUUCGCAUACUCUGCAGAAAUUGUUGGUGCCGCCGCCAAGAAGCCCAGAACUAUGACAACCAAUGCGGCUGACUCUGACCAAAACUAUAUGAAGAACGCCUUUUCCAAAUACGCUACUUACCUCAACAACCUGAAUGACAAGAGAGAAAGGGUGGUAAAAGCUAGCCGGGAUAUAACUAUGAACAGUAAAAAAGUCAUAUUUCAAGUGCACAGAAUCAGUAAGCACAACAAAGACGAAGUCUUACAAAAAGCAGAAAAUGAUCUAGCUGCUGUGAUGGAUCAGUAUAUAGCUCGUUUAGUAAAAGAACUUGGAGGAACAGAUUUUUGGAAGUUAAGACGAGCCUAUUCUCCCGGGGUUCAGGAAUAUGUUGAAGCUGCUACACUGUGUAACUUUUGCAAAACAGGUGCUCUUUUGAAUCUUGAUGAGAUCAAUGCUUCCUUGCGAACUCUAGGUGACCCAUCUAAUGAGCCUUUGCAGAUUAAUGUGCUCGACUAUCUGUUGGGGCUUGCAGACUUAACUGGAGAGCUGAUGAGGAUGGCAAUGGGUAGGAUAUCAGACGGUGAACUUGAGUUUGCUCAAAAGAUUUGCAGAUUUGUACGUGAAAUCUAUAGAGACCUGACACUUGUUGCUCCAAAGAUGGACGACCCCUCGGAUAUGAAACAAAAGAUGGAUGUAAUGCUCCAAAGCGUAAUGAAAAUAGAAAAUGCUUGCUUUAGUGUCCAUGUGAGAGGGUCAGAGUACAUUCCGUUCCUUGGAUCUGAAGAUACCAGCUUUUCGAUGUUGGGAGCGCCUGAGAUUGAGUGAUAUAGAUGCUGAGAAGUGUCGAGUUACGUUCACUCAUUUCACAAAUACCAUUUUGCAUCUGCAGUAUAUGUUGGGAGAAAACCAGCAGGAUUUUUGUUAACUAACUAGUGAGUAUUCAUACUUGGUAGAUGUGCUAAGAGAGAUUUUGGCAGUAGGUUAUUUGAAUAUAAACCGUGGUGUAAAUUUGCUCUGUUUGUCCUUGUGGUGUUGUUCUGAUACACUCAUAAAGAUAAUAACACUAGGAGAAAAAAAUGGUGGCAUUGUGGCCACCCUCGUCUCAUUCAUAUCA